UUUGUCUGUAAUUGCCCUCCCCAAAUUUGAUAUUUGUGUUUAUUCGCCACAUCCACAGGUGGACCAUCCUGUAAGGAUUGCUGCCAUGGUCCUGAAGGUCUUCUUCCCUACGUGUUGCUCCUCAGCGGAAAGUGGCAUUUUGAUUGGCCGCUGGAUCUCGGAGCAGAGCUCUGCUGUUGUCCUCGCCGUGGUGCAUUUCCCCUUCAUUCCUGUGCAGGUGAAGCAGUAUCUCAGCCACGUCCAGCAGGUGACCAAGAUCAAAGUUUCCGUGCUUGGCUCGUGGAGCAACAGCAAACGGGAGAAGGAGGAGAGUCUGAGUAAGUUCUUGGAAGACCUUGGGACAAUAUUUGCCCACGAGCCGUGGAUUCAGAUAAGCAAGGAGGGAGACAGCAAAUUUUGGAGUUGUUCUACCCUUCAGAAAGAAUCUAACAGCUCUAAGGAAGAAGAAAUCAUCUUAGUGUAUUAUGACCAGCGCAAAGUCAUGCUUUCCCAGUUACAUCCCCCGGCGAACACAAGUACUGACCCUAAGGCAGAUGAUGCUUCAAAGCUCACUGCCGUGUUUGACACAGUUGCCAACAGCAAGAUACUGUUCAUGACAGACAAAUACGAUGAUGGGCCCGUCAAACUGACCCACUGGCAGUCAGAUGGGGUUGAAGCUAGCAUCAUCGUGGAGCUGCUCAAGCAGGCCUCGGUGCCUGUGUGCCUGCUGUUGACGUUCCUGCUGUCCCUUACCUCUGUGGUGUGUAAAAGCAGAAUGCUGAAGUUUUGGCCUUUGUCUUUCUUAUGGAGUAAACUCUCAACUUGUGAGCAGUUGGGCCAUCGGCUGCAGCACCUCCAGAUCAUCAGCAGCAGUAAGAAGGCUCAAAACCAGACCCAACUGAUGAGGAAAGCCAACAUCUUUGUGUCGCUGCUGAUUGAUGUGGCUCUGGGGAUCCUGCUGAUGUCCUGGCUGUACAGAAAGAGCCGGAUUGGUCACCUUGCUGAUACUCUUAUCCCCGUGGCUGAUCAUAUAGCUAAAGAGCUCCAAGACCUACUGCAGUGGCUAAUGGGAGCACCAGCUGGCCUGAAAAUGAACCGAGCUUUGGAUCAGGUUUUGGGUCGUUUCUUCCUGUACCACAUCCAUCUUUGGAUUAGCUACAUUCACCUGAUGUCUCCAUUCAUUGAGAUGAUCCUCUGGUACGUUGGUCUGUCGGCUUGUCUGGGCCUUACUGUGGCUCUUUGCAUCCUCUCCGACAUCAUUGCUCUUCUGACCUUCCACAUCUACUGCUUCUACGUCUAUGGAGCCAGGCUCUACUGCCUGAAAGUUUAUGGGCUCUCGUCUCUUUGGCGCUUGUUCCGUGGGAAGAAGUGGAACGUCCUCAGGCAGCGGGUGGAUUCCUGCUCCUAUGACUUGGACCAGUUAUUUAUCGGCACCCUGCUGUUCACAAUCCUGCUGUUCCUUUUGCCUACAACUGCCCUGUAUUAUUUGGUGUUUACCCUGCUCCGUUUGCUGGUGGUGGUUGUGCAAGGCUUGAUACACUUGCUAGUUGACCUGAUCGACUCYCUGCCUCUCUAUUCAAUCAUCCUUCGGUUCUGCAGAUCCUACAGACUUGCAGCUGGUGUGAAGUUCAGAGUUCUUGAACAGAAGCAGGGAAAACCUCUUCGGCUCCUUAUGCAGAUCAACCCGCUCUCCUACGGCAGCCUGGUGCAGAGGUACCGGCUGCCAACCUGCAGCUGCUACCCCAAGGAUUCCUGGACGUCCCUCUGCAGGAAGCUGUUCUUUGGAGAGUUGAUCUACCCCUGGAAGCACAAAGGAGAGAAGCAAGAUUAAAGRAAGCCAAGGGACCCAGCAGGAAAAACUUGGAUAUUGAAUCCUAAUGCUUGGAGCCAGCAGCUGCUGGAUCCCCUUCGUGGGAUUUURGUAAUGUGGGAGGGUCUGAGUUUUUAAAGGCAGGUGUUUUUUAACAGUCGUCAACUUGCUCCUUCCCCUACAGUGUGUUUGAAAUGACUGGAUUUCCAGGCUGYUUCUUGUUCAUUCCGUGAUGGUCAACCCUAGAUUACAAACUGCUGUUCCCAAACAAUGUUGCCUGCUGGCAGCAUCGGCUAAUGAUAAUUGUUAAAGCAAAAGACUUGGCCCRUCAGUGCCUCUUGGAACCAGCAUUUAAUGUAAGCAAGGAAGUAGCCUCUACAUGCCUUGGUAAUUUAUAUCUUCCCAUUUAAAUUCAUAGGAGCACAUUAAAAUAGCCCUACGGGCUGUUCAGAACCACAGUGUUGAGGUGCAUUCUGCCUCUGGAUAUUUUGGAUCUUUUUUGCUUCGGUAUUCAAGCCRGCUGAUGAAAACCAUGAGGAGAAUUGCCUCUUAGCA